CAGAUAUCCAUUGAGUGGACACAUCAUGGCUUCUGUAACUAUGGCCACCUCAGAGUGGAUCAGCUUCUUCAAGGAAGCUGGCAUUCCUGCAGGACCUGCUGUCAACUAUGCUGUGACAUUUGUGGACAACAGGAUCAGCAAGAACAUGCUGUUGGAUUUGAACAAGGAGAUCAUGAAUGAGUUGGGCAUAACGGUGGUGGGAGAUGUGAUUGCCAUACUGAAACAUGCAAAGGUAGUUCACCAACAGGAUAUUUGUAAAGCUUUGACUGAGGCUCCUAACCAGAUCAGCAUGCAGAAUGAACUACGGAGGAAUGCUAAUAGCCCCACAAGAAUGAUUGCAAACAGUCUAAGUCGAGACUCUCCUCCCUCAACCCCUGUCCGCAGACCUGAAACAAGCACAUCGAAGAUCUCCGUUACAGUUUCCAAUAAAGUGGCUAUGAAGAACGCACAGUCAGCUAUAGCUGUGUCUUCACCUGCAGCUGACACUGCAGAGGUUCCAGUAAAACGUCGCAGGGUGACUGCCGAGAUUGAAGGGAAAUAUAUCAUUAAUAUGCCAAAGGGGACCACAGCUCGGACAAAGAAAAUUCUGGAAGAACAGGAACAUGCUAUAGGUUUGACCAGAACGUCCGUCUUUGACAGACUGGGGGCAGAGAGCAAAGUGGACACAACAACUGGAACAAAGCCCACUGGAGUCUUUAGCCGUUUGGGUGAUGCACUCAGUGAAGAUCAUUCAGCAGAGAGUGAUGAAGAUGGCAGUGUUCUGCAGUAUGCUGGUGUGCUUAAGAAAAAGGCUACCACCAUUGUUAGAGAGAAGCUUACACCUGGGGUUACUGUGAAGGCCAAAGCCACAAGCUCUGAGCCAAAGCCUGCCAUCACCACCAUUAGAAGACUUGCCACAAAGCCCCCUGCAAGUGCCCCUGCCAAGCUCACCACUUCAAAGAUCAGCUUGGCACAAAGGCUUGGUACAAUCAAGAGAACCAACCCAGCGCAAGACAGCAAAGUUAGCAGUAGCAAGCCACCCCCAACAGCUUUUAAGAUAACCAUAAAGCGGACUGUGGGGAUUCCCCGCGUGACCAGUUCUAGCGAUAACAGCAGUGCUCAGAUGGACAAUACUCGCAGUGUGAGCGUUUUCAAACGGUUAGGGAGAAAAUCGGUAUGA